AUGAGCCUCGCCUCUAUCCUCCUCAGCCUGGCCAUUUUCGUAGUCACAGUCCUCUCCCUCCUCCGCCUCACGGUCAAGUUAGAACGCUGGGCCGAGCUGCGCGAGAUUGAGCGCGCCUACCUCGAACGGAGGAAGUUGCACGAGGUGGAGUUGGAGGAGAAGCGCGCGCUGGCACGAAAGGGCGAGUUCCCGCCGCCGGAGCCGGAGGACCCGGAGCCCGACCUCGACUACGAGUACGGGUACGAGUACGAGCUCGAUAAAGGACUCGAGUAUGCGCUCGAGCAUGAGCUUCACCACCAACCUUACCCCGACCACAAUCCCUACCCCAACUCCAACCACGACCUCAACGCCUACCGCGAGCUCGAGUACGAGCUCGACCCCGACUCUGAGCUCGAGUACGAGCUCGGCUCCGCUCUCGGGUACGACCUCGACUAUGGCUCCAGCCUCGACAGCCUCGACUUUGACCAACACCAGUACUCCGACCACGACCAACCCCCAGGCGACAUCGACAGACACGUAGCCACAAACCUGCCCCUGUACACAAACCCGAACGUCGCGCGCGGUUUGUCAGUUUUCGUGCCCGAGCUCAACUGCGCGCUUUCGCCCGGCUCGCCGCUUCUCCGCGCCAACCGGCCUUUCUAUGGCAAACUGUGGGCCCCGGCCGUCCGCGCCGAGAUUCAGACACUUGCUCCGCGCCCGGGUACCAGGGCUCAUGACUUGCUGAUGAGCGUUAGGGACGAGGCGAGGGAAAGGCGGGGAGAGGUGGUUCGACGGGAGGGCAUUCCGCCUAUUUCGCGGUUUGAUUGGGGUUGA